AUGGCUGCAAAAGGACCUGUUGCACCAGCCCCUGUAGCUGAAGUGCCCAUUCCCCAAACCCAGAAGACUGUAGUCGACAUCAAGACCGGUGAACUUGCACAGGAAGAAACUCUUCCGUUUGACCCUGCUGCACUGAAAGAGAAGUACCUGGCCGAGCGCGACAGGCGUCUCGCGCGCAACCAAGGUGUUGAGCAGUAUCUAUCGCUGGAUGGCAAACUAUCACAUUUCUUGAAAGAUCCAUGGGUAGAUCCAGGAUUCGAGCGCGAUCCCAUUGAGGAAGAGGUCGAUGUGGUUAUUGUUGGUGGUGGAUAUGGCGCGCAGGUGGUUGCAGUGCGCUUGAUUGAGGCUGGCGUCAACAACUUCAGGAUAAUUGAGAAGGCCGGAGAUUUUGGUGGUACAUGGUACUGGAACAGAUACCCAGGUGCUGCGUGUGAUAUCGAAAGUUAUAUCUACAUGCCCCUGCUGGAAGAGGUCGACUACAUGCCAACGGAGAAGUACGCCAAGGCAAAAGAGCUCCUGAAGCAUUCUCGGAUGAUUGGCGAGAAAUUUGACUUAUACUCCCGUGCACUAUUCCAGACAGAAACGAAAGAAAUGCACUGGAAUGAAGAAGAGGGCAAAUGGACGACGUCAACGGCACGGGGUGAUAAGAUCAAAUCACGUUUCAUCAUUCCUGCAGCCGGUCCACUGCACCGACCGAAGCUUCUUGGUGUGCCUGGAAUCGAGGACUUCAAAGGCCACUCAUUUCAUUCGUCACGAUGGGAUUUUGACUACACCGGUGGCGACCCAUCCGGUGGUUUGGAGAAGCUUAAAGAUAAGCGUGUCGGCAUCAUCGGUACUGGAGCUACUGCAGUCCAAAUUGUACCUCACCUGGGCGAAUGGGCAAAGCAAUUAUACGUCUUCCAACGUACGCCAUCGUCUAUUGACGUACGCGGCAACAGACCCACAGAUCAGGAGUGGGCAAAGUCGUUAAAGAAGGGGUGGCAGCAAGAGCGCAUGAACAACUUCGACAGUAUUGUCAAUGGCGGCUUCGAGAAGGAAGAUAUGGUCGCCGAUAGAUGGACCGAUAUUAUCCGUGAACUUAUGACAGCAAAGGUCGAUCUUAACGAUCCGGUCAAAGCUGCGGCACAACGCCAGCUCGCUGACUUCAAGAAGAUGGAAAGCAUCAGGGCACGAACUGAUGAGGUCGUCAAGGACAAGGAGACCGCGGAUGCAUUGAAGCCGUGGUACAACCAGUUCUGCAAACGCCCCUGUUUCCAUGACGAAUACCUCGAUACUUUUAACAAGCCCAACGUCAAGCUCGUCGAUACCAAAGGCCAAGGAGUCGAGCGUAUAUCUGAGAAAGGCGUUGUUGCUAAUGGAGAAGAGUUUGAGAUUGACUGCUUGAUCUACGCCACUGGCUUUGAGCUCGCAAAUGAGUGGGCCCAUAAAACCGGCAUGGAGAUUCAUGGUCGUAACGGUAUGACCACGUCCGAGAAGUGGAAGGACGGCGCCUCGACACUCCAUGGAUGGGCAAGUCGCGAGUUCCCGAAUUGCUUCUGGGUUUCCAUUGUACAGGCCGCUAUUACGCCAAACUUCAUGCAUGUGACGGCCGAACAGGCGCGGCACUUCGCGUACGUAAUCUCUGAGUGCCAGAAGCGCGACAUCAGAACUGUCGAGCCUACUCAGGAAGCUGAAGAGGCUUGGUGCGAUACCAUUGUGAAAGGCACUGCCAUCAGAGGCGACUUCUUCAAGGAAUGUACGCCUGGCUACUACAACAACGAAGGCAAACCUUCUCUGUCGGCUGCGCGCAAUGCGACAUACGGAUACGGGAGUCCGGCUUUUAUCAAGAUCCUCACUGACUGGAGGAACGCGAACGAUUUUGCUGGGUUGGAUUGAUCUGGCCUACAUGCGAAGCACCAGGCUGAGUUGAACGAUCUGAUGAACAAGUACCGCGGUGAGGUUGAAAGACUCCUUAAGAAGGGCGAAGACGGCCAGGGUCAUGUGAAAAAGGACUCAGGUAUCGAGGGUGUGUAG